AUGCGUGCCCACCUCCCAUUAGCAGCUCUCAUCCUGAGCAGCGUAGCAACAGCCAUCCCAACCAACACCCAAACCACCAAAGCCCCAACCAAACCCACCACCCACCCGGACAACCACAAAUACAUAGACUGGCGCACACACACCGGCUACGGCGCCAACCUCGGCGGCUGGCUCAUCCAAGAAUCCACCAUCGACACAAAGUGGUGGGCCACGCACGCCGGCAACGCCAGCGACGAAUGGACCAUGUGCCUCGAUCUCGGCCGCGCCUGCGGGCCAGUCCUCGAACAGCGCUACAGCACCUGGAUCCAGACGUCCGACAUUGACAAGCUCGCCAGCGCAGGCGUCACCAUCCUGCGCAUCCCAACCACAUACGCAGCGUGGAUCCAGCUGCCCGGCUCAGCGCACUACCACGGCCACCAGCAGGCGCAUCUGCGACGCAUCUCCGAGUAUGCGAUCAAGACGCACGGCAUGCACGUGGUGGUCGAUCUGCAUUCGCUGCCGGGCGGCACGAACGGGCUGGAUAUCGGCGAGGCGGUGGGGCAUUGGGGGUGGUGGGAGAACUCCACGGCGUUGGAGUGGUCGCUGCGCGCGGUGGACGCCGUCGUGGACUUUAUCGUGCAGUCGGAUGUGCCGUGGGGGUACACGCUGGAGCCGAUUAAUGAGCCGGUUGAUAAUCAUGAUUUUGCGACGUUUGGAACGCCGGCGGCGCUGAGUGAGACUGGCGCGGCGUGGCUGGUGAAGUAUUUCCGCGCUGUUAUUGAUCGGGUUGCGAGGGUCGAUGCGAGGAUUCCGGUUAUGCUUCAGGGCAGUUUUAAGCCUGAGAGGUAUUGGAGUCCUUUCUUUGAGAAGGGGAGUAAUGUUGUUUUUGAUGCGCAUCAUUAUUAUUUCCAGUAUACGAAUGCUACGUCGGCGAAUAUCGGGUCGUUUAUUUGUGAUGAUGCCAGGGAUUCGGUGUCUGAUGGGAAGUUCCCGGUCUUUGUUGGGGAGUGGGCGAUUGAGGCUGGCGGUGGGAACCAGUUGGCUUUGAGGGGUGAGGCUCUUAGGGCUGGGUUGUCGGCUUGGGCGCAGUUCACUCAGGGGAGUACGUUCUGGACGACCAAGUUCCAUAGUGAUGUGGCCGUGGCUGGAAGUGCCGGGAAGGGUGUGAAGCAGGAUUAUUGGAGCUUCGAGGAGAUGAUCGAGGCUGGGUAUUUGGAUGGGAAGGUCAUCCAAAAGGAUUAUUGUUGA